CUCGCGGGGGAUCAUAAAAGGCUUCGGUGGGAGCGGGGCGAGUCCGCACCGCGCAGGUGAAGCAGAGACCUCUCCGAGAUGUCAGGUAUUAGUCCGGAGGGGCAGAUCUGCGAGCCACACAGCAGCUCCCGGGUCUACGGUACAUUAGCCUCUCCGUGGGAGAGGGAUCCCAGACAGCUCUGCUGGGGAGCCAGCCCAGGAGAUUUGUUAGCGGGCUGCUCCGGGGGAUACCAGCCACCUCCGGCACCCGAGCGCCAAAGGUGCUUGUGUUGCUGCUGCUGCUGCUGCUGGCGCAUUUCAUCCAAACUCCAGCCAGAGCGGGGGCAAGUUGAACCGGAGACAUUAGAGCCACUGUGCUUUGGAGAGACGAGGGCGCACGGGGAGCGCAGCAGCACCAUGCCUGCUAUCAAGAAGGAGCGACUUGACAGGGAAGAGAUGGCCCUGGCAGCUUUUAACCAGCCCAUGGAAACCUUACCUGACUAUCUCGCCCCUCUGGCCGCCGCUGCCAUUCCGGUGGUCACCCCGCACCCGCCGGCUUACGACCAGAUCUUUGCCCACCGCGCGUACCUGGGCUUCCACGAGACCCACCACCCCCAUCCGCACCACCCGCACCACCCCCACCACCUCCCCGAGGACCUGAUGCUGGAGAGGUUUUCCUCCAUCCCGGAUUUCCAGCCCUUCUUUGACAACGGAGAGCCUUGCAUCGAGGUGGAGUGCGGGGAGAACAAGGCGCUGCUCUACAUCAAUAAGUUGUGCCAGGGGAGCAAAGGACCCUCUAUCCGGUACCGGGGAGAGUGGCUCACCCCCAACGAGUUCCAGUUUGUCAGCGGCAGGGAGACGGCCAAGGACUGGAAGCGCAGCAUCAGGCACAAAGGGAAAAGUUUGAAGACUCUUAUGUCCAAAGGAAUCUUACAGGUACAUCCUCCAAUCUGUGAUUGCCCUGGGUGUCGAAUUUCGUCUCCAGUGAACCGGGGCCGCCUGGCAGAGAAGAGGACGAUCCCUUUACCUCCCACCAGGAUCCCGAAGAAAGAGCUCACCUCGAUUUUCUCACACAGCGACGACAGCGAAGAGAGCGACAAGAGCAAUGGUCAGCACCCCGAAGUAAAGCAGGAGGAGGAUCUCCACAUCAGUAUCAUGAAAAGAAGGAUACACACCCACUGGGAUUUAAACAUCUCCUUCCGAGAGACCUCUUGCAGCCGCGAUAACGACCUUUCCACUAUCAUCUCCAACCUGCACCAGAGCCGCCAGCUCGUUAUGCCAGAGACCCAGAGCCGCUGUGAAUUCAAGAGAAACAGCAUCGAGGUUGGCCUGGGAGCAGCAGAUGAAAUUUUAGGCAAGAGAAGAGUAUGUUCUCCCAACAGCAGCAGUGAGUGUCCUUUAGAAAGCAAGAAAGCCAGAAGUGAGUCCCCAAAGGAAAACUCCCACACGCCUCUGCUGGAGGACUCGGUGACUCAGAUGACCCCGGAGGAGCACUACAGACGCAUGAUGUCAGCACUGAACGAGCAUGGCACCUUUGAAGAGCAGCAGCAGCAACGUCUCUACCAGCUGGCCAACAGCAUGGCAGUGCCCAGCCACGGAGAUCUCCUGCGGGCGCGGCAAGAGGUGGCGGCGGCGGCGGCGGCGCGGAACCCCGGCGCGAUGGAAGCGCACAUCCCCUCGGCCAGCAACUCUUCCAGCCAGCGGAGGAAGCAGGGCCUCCCGCAGCACAGGGACACCCACUUCCCCGAGAGGGAGAUCUCCCACCCACCGCCUCUGCUCUCGCCCCAGAACGCUCCCCACAUUGCCCUGGGGCCCCACUUGAGACCUCCCUUCCUCGGGGUGCCUUCGGCGCUGUGCCAGACGCCAGGUUACGGGUUCCUCCAGCCGGCACAAGCGGAGAUGUUUGCACGGCAGCAGGAGAUGCUACGAAAGCAAAACCUGGCCAGGCUGGAGAUGUCGGCCGAGAUCAUCCGCCAGAAGGAGCUGGAGAACCUCCACCGCCAGAGGCUGCUGGCCGGCGACCCCCUGAGCCUGCACCCGGGGCUGCCCCCGGACCACCCGGCCCUGCGCAACGUGCACGACAUCCCCGAGGGCCACCCGCUGCGGGAGGAGCUGUCCCGGCGGAACGCCAUGCUGGUGCUGCGGCACAACAACACCCCGCUGCUGUCCCUCAACCCCGCCGUGCCCGGCGCCAGCUCCUCCACGCCGCCCAAGGAGCAGCCCCGGCGGGGCAGCCGGAAAACCGCGGGGCAGCAGCGCGCCGAGCCGCAGGGCGUGGGCGAGGCCAAGGAGCCGGCGGAGCCGCGGGCGCGGGACGGGGCCCCGGACUGUAACGACGAGGAGAUGAAGGACUCGGAGAGCGACGCGGACGUGAGCGACGAGAAGCCCGAGAGCCUGAAGGCCGAGGGCGGCGGCGGCUCGGCCGCGGAGCUCAAGGAGUGCAAGGAGGCGGGCAAGGCGUGCGAGGGGGCCAAGGAGAUGGGCGAGGCGGGCGCUGCCCAGAAUGCCCCCUGCAGCUCCUCGAGCGCAGAGUCCCCCAGCCACCUGCUCGGCCCGGGCAUCAACAAGGCCGAGGUGAAGUACCUCCCGCCGGCCUCCAUCCCGCCGCCUCAGCCGCUGCCCUUCGGGUUCCCCUACACCAUGAGCCCCUACUUCCAUGCAGGCACCAUGGGAGGUCUGUUUCUGGAUGGUGAGGAGAGCCCUGCGCUGGAAGACAUCAGCAAAUGGACGGUGGAGGAUGUUUGCAGCUUCGUGUCCAACUUGUCUGGCUGCACCGAGUACACUCAGGUAUUCCGAGAGCAGGCCAUUGAUGGAGAGACCCUGCCCCUCCUGACAGAAGAGCACUUACUGAACAACAUGGGGCUGAAACUCGGACCUGCCCUGAAGAUAAGGUCACAGGUGGCCAAGCGAGUGGGCAGAGUGCUGUACAUGGCAGGCUUCCCCAUGGCUUUCCCCCUGCAGCCCCCUGGGCUGAGGCCCCCGGAGCGGGACGUGCCGGCGGCCGAGCUCCGGCCGGCGUCCACGGGCAGCGUGGCCUCUCCCUUCGGGAGCGGGGUCCCUUCCUCUGCCAGCCGGGGCUCCCCAAAGCAGGAAAACGGGAAUCCUUCCCUCCUCCCCGGGCUCAACGACACCACGAAACCUCCGUCCUAACUGCGGGAUGCCCUCCAGCUGCUUCUGGGACUUUGGGGAUCCAGCGGGACGAGCCGAGGGAUAAGGCCGGAGCCUCCCCCCCGCCCGCAGCGCGAGACGCAGGAGUGAGGGAGGAAAAGGGAGGUUUUCAUUUGGUUUUUUGGGUUUUUUUGGGACG